AUGAGUGCAGCAAGAAAGGGUUGGAUUGUGGCAGCUAGCAUUGGAGCUGUAGAGGCGUUGAAGGACCAGGGUUUUUGCAGAUGGACCUACACCAUAAGAGCAUUACACCAACAUGCCAAGAAUAAUACGAUCAGGUCAAUACCUCUGGCCAAGAAGCUUUCUUCUUCAUCUUCUGCUAUGGUUUCAGGUAAAUUGAGGGAAUCAAGCCAAUCCGAGGAGUCUUUGAGGAAAGUCAUGUACUUAAAUUGUUGGGGUUCCAAUUGA